AACCUCUUCAUCUCCGACAAUGUCCUAUAUAAACAAACGAAACUGAAGAGCCCAGUUUCAACACAGAUCCCAAAAUAAAACCAUCAAUGGCGUCAGAGAACAACGGAUCCACCGCCGUGGAAACGCCUCGGAAGGUAGCACUCGUCACCGGAAUCACCGGCCAAGACGGAUCGUACCUGACGGAGCUCCUCCUGGAGAAAGGCUACGAAGUCCACGGCCUGAUCCGCCGAUCGUCGAACUUCAACACCCAGCGGAUCAACCACAUCUACAUCGACCCGCACAACGCCAACAAAGCCCUCAUGAAGCUCCACUACGCCGACCUCUCCGACGCCUCCUCCCUCCGCCGCUGGCUCGACGUCAUCAAACCCGACGAAGUCUACAACCUCGCCGCGCAGUCUCACGUCGCCGUCUCCUUCGAGAUCCCUGAUUACACCGCCGACGUCGUCGCCACCGGCGCUCUCCGCCUCCUCGAAGCCGUCAGGUCUCACACCGUCGACAGCGGCCGUACCGUCAAGUACUACCAAGCCGGGUCUUCGGAGAUGUUCGGUGCAACUCCGCCACCGCAGUCCGAAACGACGCCGUUUCAUCCGAGGUCUCCUUACGCAGCGUCCAAAGUCGCUGCGCAUUGGUACACGGUGAACUACCGUGAGGCUUACGGUCUUUUUGCGUGUAAUGGGAUCUUGUUCAACCACGAGUCCCCGCGCCGGGGAGAGAACUUCGUGACGAGGAAGAUUACGAGAGCCUUGGGGAGGAUCAAGGUGGGUCUGCAGAGGAAGCUCUUUCUCGGGAACCUCCAGGCGUCGAGAGACUGGGGGUUCGCGGGGGAUUACGUUGAGGCGAUGUGGCUGAUGCUGCAGCAAGAGAAGGCGGAUGAUUACGUUGUGGCCACGGAGGAGUCGCAUACGGUGGAGGAGUUUCUUGAGGUUUCGUUUGGGUACUUGGGGCUGAACUGGAAGGAUCAUGUGGAGAUUGAUGAGAGGUACUUUAGGCCGGCUGAAGUUGAUAACCUUAAAGGAGAUGCUAGCAAGGCCAAGGAGGUGUUGGGGUGGAAGCCUAAAGUUGGGUUUGAGAAGCUGGUGAAGAUGAUGGUUGAUGAAGAUCUUGAGAUUGCUAAGAGGGAGAAGUUGCUUGUGGAUGCUGGUCACAUGGAUGCUCAGCAGCAACCUUGAUUCAGUUCCAAUCUGGUGUUCUAUAGAGUUUUAAGAGUUUGUUCUUUUAAUUUAUUUUGCUUUGAUUGUUCAUUUCUUGUUUUUUUUUUUAAUUGUUUCAUUGUCCUUUUUUAUAAAGCAUAGUGAAUUUUGUAUGAAAAGGGCAAAAGGAAGGACAUCCUCGGUUCUUGCAA